AUGAGAGACGAGGCGGUUCAAGUGAGCCCUCCAUCGCGGAAGCGAAAAUACUCUGAUUGUUUCUGGAACGCUAUUUCUGGAAUCCCUCCAGGUCGUGCGGAGGAUGUGACAAUGGCGCCGAAAAGGGCCAAGCUGACUGGUGAUCGACCCCAUACUCGGAGCCAGCCAUCCCAGUCCCUCAUCGUUACGCUGAAGGUACCUGGAAUGAUCACCAACGUCAGAAACUCCAGAAAUUCACAGUCAUCUCGAAAAGUCGAACAGCUAGCAAGCGAGGGACCUUCACCGGACCAACCAGAACCAAAGAACCGUUCACUACCAGACCUGGAAGAUAUCUCCGUGAUACAAAGCCUACUCAAAGACAACGUGGACUGCAUGAAUCGGGCUUUCUGCCAGAGUGAAUCGCUCAGGCGUGAUAUCCAAUCCCUGAAGGAACCAUGCACCACGUCCGAUUCGAAUGAGUCUUCACUGCAGCAACGCAUCAAGGCACUGGAGAAUGAAAAUGAGGACUUGAAGACAAACUUGAUUUUGAUGCAGAAUCGCUGUCUCAAGGACAUGCAAAAUGGAGGCUGGGCGCCCAAGGAAGACCGAUUGAUUCGCCAAGAAUUUGCGAUGCUCCAGGAAGAUAUCAGCAUCUGGUCGAAAAGUCAUGGUAUCAUGUCACUUUCGGAGCUGAAAAAAUCAUCGAAGGCAGCCAAAACUCGCUUCAUUCAUGAUCUGCACGCGGCAGGAUGUUGCUCCGAAGAAAAGUGGGAUUUCUUGAUCGAAAAAUCGGCGGCCUUAAAAGACAAGAUUCCGAUCCUUGUUCUUCAGGCAUUUGUGGCCAAUGAUAUAUUCAAAAAGAUCUUCAAUCCUUUCUUUCCAUUUCUUUUCUCGUCGGAGGGAAUACUCAAUGGUGAUGCUGCAACACAUCUUGAUCGUAUCUAUAAGGAAAUGAUGGCUGUAAAUAGCCCCGAAGCCCAUAUCUGGCGCUCCCAAGUGUUGCGAGUCCUAUCUGCUUCAUUAAAGAAGAGCAUGGAUAUAUCAUUUACCAAACCUUCAAUCGCGGGUUUGAAGAACGCCCCUUCGUUUCUUUUUCCAAGUACUAGUGAUGUCAAAACACGCACAGCAGAGUUACACAAAAUUUACAUCAAAGCCGCAAAGUUAGCCCAAUCCCUAUGGACCCAGAGGGAAUAUCAAAUGAUGCUGACUUUGAAAGACCGACCGGUGUUUCAAAGCUCAAAGACAGCUAUGGUUGCACACCGAUUGCAUCACCUUGAUGAUGGUGAUCAAAGGCUUGAUGGAAGGCAAGUGUUGCUAUGUAUCCAACCAGGCAUCCUUGGCAUUGGCAACUCGAAUGCCGAGGACUAUAACAAGGCGAAGGUAUGGGCCAAGGCGAUUAUGUUGGUUGACGAGACGGAGGAGGAGACAGAGGUCGACGAGAUAGACGACCAAGCGUGA